AUGCUAACCGACCCGAGCAGACCAUGGCUUCUAGUCGCCCUUCACUCAUCAACUAUCCAAUUGUGGGAUUACCGCAUGGGAACUUUGAUUGACCGGUUUGAAGAACAUGAUGGCCCCGUUCGAGGAGUCGAUUUCCACAAAACCCAGCCCUUGUUCGUCUCUGCAGGUGAUGAUUAUAAGAUUAAGGUCUGGUCAUUGCAGAGUAGAAGGUGCUUGUUUACUCUCAAUGGUCAUCUAGAUUAUGUUCGAACGGUCUUCUUCCAUCACGAGCUCCCAUGGAUUAUCUCCAGCUCCGACGACCAGACCAUUCGUAUCUGGAACUGGCAAAACCGGUCUUUGAUUUGUACCAUGACUGGACAUAAUCAUUAUACUAUGUGCGCGCAAUUCCACCCAAAAGAUGAUCUGGUUGUCUCCGCCUCCCUCGAUCAGACAGUGCGUGUCUGGGAUAUCUCCGGUCUCCGAAAGAAGCACUCUGCCCCUUCUAGUACAAUGGCAUUCGAAGAGCAGAUGGCUCGCUCAAACCCUGCUCAAGCAGACAUGUUCGGAAACACCGAUGCCGUUGUUAAGUUUGUUUUAGAAGGCCAUGACCGUGGUGUGAAUUGGGUUGCAUUCCAUCCAACUCUGCCCCUGAUUGUUUCUGCUGGCGAUGAUCGCCUUAUAAAACUGUGGAGAAUGAGUGAAACGAAGGCAUGGGAGGUGGAUACCUGUCGUGGCCAUUUUCAGAAUGCCUCUGCUUGUAUCUUCCACCCACAUCAGGACUUGAUUCUCUCCGCUGGUGAGGAUAAAACUAUCCGUGUCUGGGAUUUAAAUAAGCGAACUGCGGUUCAGUCAUUCAAGCGGGAUGCAGAUCGCUUCUGGAUGAUUGCAGCCCACCCGGAGAUUAAUCUGUUUGCCGCAGGACAUGACACUGGUGUCAUGGUUUUCAAACUUGAGCGGGAGCGUCCAGCCUCCGCCUUAUACCAGAACCAAGUUUUCUACAUAACCAAGGACAAGCACCUUCGCUCUUAUGACUUUACGAAAAACACCGAGUCUCCCGCCAUGCUAUCUCUCAAGAAACUCGGGAGCCCCUGGGUACCCGCUAGGACUCUAUCAUACAACCCAGCUGAGCGUGCUAUAUUGGUCACCUCUCCCACCGAUAAUGGCACCUAUGAACUGAUUCACAUCCCGCGGGACUCAACUGGAGCAGUAGAACCAACUGAUGUGAAGCGCGGGCAUGGAAAUUCCGCAGUGUUCGUAGCCCGCAACAGAUUUGCCGUCUUUACCCAGUCUACACAGCAAAUAGAUAUUAAAGAUCUAAGCAACUCUACCACGAAAACGAUCAAGGCUUCUCAUGGCACAACAGACAUCCACUUUGGCGGAACUAGCUGUCUCCUCCUCCUCACGCCAACUUCUGUGGUUCUCCUUGAUAUCCAACAGAAGAAACAACUCGCGGAGUUGAGCGUCAGUGGUGUGAAGUACGUUGUAUGGUCCAAUGACGGCCUCUAUGUUGCUCUAUUAAGCAAGCACAAUGUCACAAUUGCCACGAAAUCCCUGGAGCACGUCAGCACCCUGCAUGAAACUAUUCGAAUCAAGAGCGCUUGCUGGGAUGAUAGCGGUGUGCUCCUAUAUUCCACUCUCAACCACGUCAAGUACUCCCUCCUCAAUGGUGACAAUGGUAUUGUUUGCACUUUGGAUCAGACUUUAUAUUUAGUCCGUGUUAAAGCUAGAAAGGUAUACUGCUUGGAUAGAACUGCCAAACCAACUGUUCUCGCGAUUGAUCCCACCGAGUAUCGCUUCAAGCUUUCCUUGGUGAAGAGAAAUUAUGAGGAGAUGCUUCAAAUCAUCAAGACAUCCAGCCUUGUUGGGCAAAGCAUUAUCUCGUACUUACAAAAGAAAGGAUACCCUGAGAUUGCACUUCAAUUCGUUCAAGACCCUCAGACUAGAUUUGAACUUGCCUUAGAGUGCGGCAACAUUGAUGUUGCAAUCGAAAUGGCGAAAACCCUUGACCGCCCCAAGCUCUGGGCCCGACUCGGAACUGAAGCUCUAGCACAUGGUAACAAUCAGACAGUGGAAAUGACAUACCAGAGACAAAGGAAUUUUGAUAAACUGUCAUUCCUCUACCUCACCACGGGUGAUCAGGAGAAGCUCUCUCGAAUGGCUAAAAUCGCCCAGCACAGAGGCGAUUUCACCUCGCAAUUCCAGAAUGCACUUUAUCUUGAUGAUGUUGAAGCUCGAAUACAGAUGUUCAAGGAAAUUGACCUUUUGCCAUUGGCCUACCUCACUGCUAAAACCCAUGGAUUUGCGGAGGAGGCUCAGUCUAUUCUUAAAGCUAGCGGCGUUUCUGAGGACCAAAUAACUCUUCCAACCCUUGGCGAACCAAAACCGGCGCCCAAUGUUGUUGUUCAAACGUUCAAAUCCAACUGGCCUGUUAAAGCCCCUUCUCAUUCCUCUUUUGAGAAGGCACUCUUGGGUGAAGUUGGUGGAGCUGACGAUGAAGGUGUCAACGGCUUCGAAGACCAAGAUGGUGAACGCGAGAAUGGUGGUGUCGAGAUUGGGCUCGGUGAUGAGCAAGAGGAGGAAGACGUUGCUGGGUGGGACAUGGGGGAUGAUAUCCAAAUUGAAGAAGAAACUGACCUUCUCGGCACCGAAAACGUCGAAAGCGGCCCAUCCAGCAGUGAAGCUGAAUUGUGGUCCCGCAACUCACCACUUGCCGCUGACCAUGUUGCAGCUGGAUCUUUCGAGUCAGCAAUGCAGCUCUUGAAUCGUCAAGUUGGUGCCGUGAACUUUGAACCUUUGAAACCACGCUUCCUCGAGAUCUACCAAGCUUCGAAGACUUACCUUCCAGCAACACCCGCUCUUCCUCCAAUAAUAAACUAUGUCCGCCGUACUGUCGACGAAACUGAUACGCGCAGGCUGCUUCCGAUUAUCCCCCGAAGUCUGGAGACUAUUGCCAGUGUUGAUCUGCAAGAGGGUUAUGCCGCUAUGCGAUCGAACAAGCUUCAGGAUGGAAUCGUUAUUUUCCAGCGAAUUCUUCACUCCAUUCUUGUUAACACGGUCUCGUCAGAGGCGCAUGUGACUGAGGCCAAGAAAAUCAUCUCCACGGCGAGGGAGUAUAUUCUAGCCAUGUCGAUGGAGCUCGAACGACGAGCUUUACCAACAGACACUCCCGAAAACCUUAAGAGGAGCCUUGAGCUCUCUGCCUACUUCACCAUUCCAAAGCUCGAAGUGGCUCACCGGCAGCUAGCGCUCAUGGCCGCCAUGAAAUUUGCUUAUACCAACCAGAAUUUCUCCUCCGCUCUCAGUUUCGCUAACAGGAUGAUUGCAAACGGUGGUUCGGCCAAACUCCUAGAUCAGGUAAGCCCAUUCUUUAUCCCGUCACUUUACCUUUUACUGACUUCCAAACAGGCAAAGAAGAUAAAGGCUCAGUGUGAAAGAAACCCCCAAGAUGCUAUUGAGAUUGAAUUUGACCAAUUUGCUGAAUUUGAUAUCUGUGCUGCUUCACAUACUCCGAUCUAUGGCGGCUCUCCAAGUGUGACGUGCCCUUAUACUGGUACCAAGUAUCAUGAACAGCACAAGGGCUCUGUUUGUACAGUUUGUAAAGUUUCCGCAGUUGGCGCUCCUGCAAGUGGUUUGAGAUUAUUUGUUCCAGGACAGCACUAG